AUGUUUAAAAUACGAUAAUACGUGAUGAUAAUGGUGCGAAUAACAUGCGUUAAUAAUUUAAAAUGUUUAUACUUAAAUAGCGCUCUGCGCUUUCAUCAAAGAUUGUCAAUAAAGCGUAUGUGCAGCACGGACUCCCAUAAUAAGCUCCCAGAUGUAAAUAAGAUACGAAACUUUAGUAUAGUAGCUCAUGUUGAUCACGGAAAGAGUACAUUGGCAGACAGACUUUUAGAAAUUACUGGUGUCAUUAAGCCAGGUGCUGAACACGCACAAGUCUUGGAUCAGUUACAGGUGGAGAGAGAAAGAGGUAUCACGGUGAAAGCUGUCACCGCAUCAUUAAACUACACAUACAAAAAUGAACAGUACCUGCUUAAUCUUAUAGACACACCAGGCCAUGUGGAUUUUUCAAAUGAGGUUGUCCGCAGUGUAACAGCAUGUCAAGGAGUAAUAUUGCUAGUAGAUGCAAACGAAGGAGUCCAGGCUCAAACCGUAGCAGUUCACUCCUUAGCCAAAAGUAACAACCUCACAGUAAUACCUACAUUAAAUAAAGUGGAUUUACCCAGAGCUGACCCUGAAAAAGUAAAAGGACAGUUAAAUUCAUUAUUCAAAAUUGAUCCUGAGACAGUAUUGAGUAUAUCCGCAAAGAAAGGAUGGGGAGUAACAGAUCUGUUAGAAGCCGUAAUAACACGUAUACCGCCUCCAAAAGUUGACAUAAAUGGUUAUUUUAAAGCUCACAUCAUAGACACAUGGCACGAUAAAUAUAGAGGCAUAUUAUGCUUAGCAUACAUUCAUUCUGGGAAAAUUCAAAUUGGUCAGAUGGUAAAAUGGCAGUCGGAUUCUAAACAACACUUGCUGAAGUAUUUGGCCCUUUUAAGACCUAGUGAGGAGCCUAUUGAAACAGCUGUGGCUGGACAAGUUGUAAUGGUAGGAUGUGGCCCCAAAGGCGGUGGUAGUGUAGGAGAUCAACUUCUCUCCAUAGACGUGGCUGAAACCACUCAUGUAGCUACAGUACCUCCCGUCCGACAUAUGGUCUACGCUGGCAUCUUCCCUUCUGAUCAAUCGCAGCAUAAUAUGUUGAGUGACGCUAUAAAGAAGCUCGCCUUAAAUGAUUCGGCUGUUAGUGUUACCGCUGAUUCCAGCCCUGCUCUGGGUCAAGGUUGGCGCGUAGGUUUCCUAGGCCUAUUGCAUUUAGAUGUAUUCACACAACGAUUGCUGCAGGAAUAUAAAGCUGAAGCCAUAUUGACUGCUCCGUCUGUACCUUAUAAAAUCAAAGUGAAAGGUGCUAAAACAAUUAAAGAGUUCAAAGGCGAAGAAGUUAUAAUCACAAAUCCUUUACAACUGCCAGAUCCGAACAACAUAGCCGAAUAUUAUGAACCAUUCGUGAUAGGAACAAUAAUAACACCAGUGGAAUUCAUUGGGCCCGUAACCUCGCUCUGCAUGGAUCGCCGAGGCUCUCCGCUACCGUCCAACGCAGUCGAUGACAAAAUGACCAUGAUGCAGUUCGUACUGCCAUUGUCAGAAGUUGUUAUAGACUUCCAUGACACUUUGAAGAGCAUUACUUCAGGGUUUGCCAGUUUUGAUUAUCAGGAUUACGGGUUUCAUGCUAGUUCUUUAGUUAGGAUGGACAUUGUACUGAACGGCGUAUUAGUAGACGAGCUCUCCACAAUAGUACACACGAGUCGUUUAGAAUACACUGCAAGGAGAUUAACUGAGAAACUAAAGGAAAUGAUUCCACGGCAGAUGGUUCAGGUGGCCAUCCAAGCUGUAGUCGGCGGCAAAGUAUGCGCAAGGGAAACUUUAAAAGCUUAUAGGAAAGAUGUUACGGCUAAACUGUACGGUGGUGACGUAACCCGAAGAAAGAAGCUAUUGAAACAGCAAGCAGAAGGCAAGAAGAAAAUGCGAAGUGUAGCCAAUAUUAAAAUACCGAGAAACACUUUUAUUGAUGUAUUGAAAAGAUAGGACACAUUA